AUGCUGACUGCCGUGAUUUAUGACCUUUUAGGUCCCUCUUCUUUUUUUGCUCUUUGUAUUUUGUUGACGAUAUUGAGCAGCGUUAUCUACAUGUUUUGUAGCAGCAUUUUUGGCGACACGGUGAAAUUUCCCAAAAGUCUGCCUCUGAUUCAUGAAAGACCUUCAUCUUCACGAUUUAGCAUCAGAACACGCUUAUCCUAUUAUUUGAAUUGUACAUCUAUGUAUAAUGAAAUUUGGAAAAAGAUAUCGCAGUUCUCGUCGAAAGGGAUUCCAGUUCUCGCCCCAAGCCUUGGUAGUCGUAAAGAGAUCUUUCUCCCGCACAAGUCUAUCAAAUGGUUCAUGUCGCAACCUAAGGAGGUCCUAGGCAUGUGGGAGGGUUUCAAUGAAGUGUUCCAGCUUCGACACAGCCUUGGGCAUGAAAAAUACAUGCUGGACACCUGGGCUGUUGAUGUGUCCCGCCGUGUGAUGACCCAAGACCUGGAAGAGUUCAUUGACCCUAUGCGAGAGGAGCUUGAACUAGCUAUCAACUCAAUUCUUGGAAUGGAUACAGAGACCUGGAAGCCACUGGAUCUAAAGGAUACCAUGCGAACGAUAAUCAAUCGAUCUGCCAGUCGCUUUGUUGUUGGGCUUCCGUUAUGUCGAGACGACGGCUACCUCAAAUCAUCCCUCAACAGCAUUGAAAGCAUCGUUUCCGCCGCUGGCGCUCUUGGGAUAAUGCCGAGCUUUAUUCGUCCUCUUCUCGGUCGCCUGAGCACAUAUACGGCGCUGAAGCGUCUUGAGUCGCGAUGCAGAACAGUGCUCCAAGACCGCUUUGCACAUAUCGCGAAAAACCCAGACGACAAGUCGCAGGAUCCUGUAGACCUGCUACAGCGGAUGCUUCGAGUCGCUUCUGUUAAUAGACCUGAGGAAAUGAACGUCCCUUCAAUGAUACGGCGUCUUGUUAUGGCCAACUUGGGGUUUAUCUUCCAAGCAGGGUUCGCCGGCACGAACGUGAUACGGAACAUUUUGGAAUCGGACCCAAAGCAUGAUACGAUCAACAUACUGCGUGAAGAGGCACAACGCUUUAGAGAUGCAAGCGGGGGGGAUCCAUCACAUUUAUGGACUCGCUCAAACAUUAGCCGCAUGAUCUUUGCUGAUAGCGCCGCCCGCGAGACUUUGCGCAUCCAUACAUUUACCUCGCGGGCUAUGGUCCGACAGGUCAUGGUGGAUGGAUUGCAUAGCGAUACAGGUAUGCCUCUUCCACGGGGGUCCCUCCUGUCCUUCGUCAGCCAACCUAUGCACACCGACCCAGAUCACUUUCCGGACCCUCACUCCUAUGAGCCCUUUCGGUUUGUGAAGCUGCGGAAUGAGGAGGAUAAUCGGGCCAAAGAGGCCAGCCAACAGCCUGAUCAGAAUGAUGCAUUUGCCGACAAGGCAAGGAACGAUGCAGGUGGCAACUGGAACCCACACGCUUUUAUUUCCACUGCCAGGCUGCUUAUUUUUGGUCGCGGUCGUACCUCUUGUCCAGGCCGUUUUCUAGUUGAGUUUCAGCUAAAGAUUUUAAUAUACAAUCUGAUGCUCAACUACGAUAUAAAGUUUGCUGAUGAGAUAGAUCAGAGACCGACCAAUAUAUGGAUCUGUGAAUUUCUCUUCCCACGGAAGGGAGUGAACAUUCUGGUAAAGCGUCGGACAGGUACGCAUGAUAUAUAA